AUGGCCGAUCGGCGAAGAAUCAACGGGCCACCCGGCGCAACUUUACCGCCAGUCUACGACACCGUCAGCUCAAACUCAACUCCCCGGGCAAGACCAGCAAACGGCAUACGGGGCUUGUUUCUCAAGACUGGGGUUACCCCGACGGCGUCAGGCUCAGCCUAUAUGGAGAUCGAGCCUCCUCACAGCCAUGUGAAAUCAAAAUCCAAGACCAAUGGCAUGAAACUUAUCUGCACUGUCCACGGACCUCGCUCACUUCCUCGAUCUGCACCAUUCUCACCCUAUCUGGUGCUCUCAACUCAUGUCAAAUACGCCCCUUUCGCCACGCGCCAACGCCGCAGCUACCUCCGCGAUUCGAGUGAAAGGGACAUCGGCGUUCAUCUUGAUACGGCUCUUCGUGGAGUCAUCAUCGCCGACCGAUGGCCCAAGAGUGGCGUUGACGUCAUUGUUACCAUCGUUGAAGGCGAUCAGGAGCGAGAGAUUUCUCACCUUCUCGGCAAUGAGGAGUGGGACAUGAUGAACGUUCUCAGUGGGUGCAUUACGGUUGCUGCGGCUGCUCUUGCGGAUGCUGGCAUCGAUUGCGUCGACAUGGUCACUGGCGGUGUUGCGGCCCUUGUUGCGUCAGACAAGGACGAUAUGGCCUCGCCAUCCAUUGUUUUGGACCCAGUCUCCGUGGAACACGAAAAGAUACUGGCUGCUUGCUGUGUCGCCUAUUUACCAAGUCGUGCCGAGAUCACCAAUCUCUGGGUGAAAGGCCAUCUUUCACUGUCGGACCCUUUACUGCAUACGAAACUCGUGGGUCGUGCUAUUCAAGCAUCUAAGGGCAACUAUCGUGCGGUUCUUGAAAGACUUCAAUACAACCAACCUCCCAACAGCUAG